AUGGCUUAUAAGUACUAUUUAACAGCUGUGGACGUUCUUGAUUCUCCCUUUGCAAUGCCCAGAAUCUGUGCAGGAUUGCAUUGCCCGUAUCCGACUGCUAAUGUAAGUGCAUCAACUGACCCAUUCAAAUGCGCAAUGAAGAACUGUCCUCAACCAAGAGCUGACGUUCAUCUUAUGCUUAUUCUACUAAGACUCAUUAACGCCACGGCAGAUGUCAUUCCUACUCCAAAGACUUUUGAUGAAGCUGUGUCCAUGGUGCAUAAUGGUACAGCUGAUAUCACCUUGAAGCAUGUAUUCCAAGAAAAGAAACAUCGCGGAAAGGUAGAUUUCACUUCUACAGUACGAACCUUCUACACUGGAUACGUUGUCAAGGAAACUACGGAAAUAGAAGUGGUCAACUAUAUUCUAAAGUCGUUCACUUUUGAAGUGGGUCAACAUAAGUAG